AUGGCGGCCACUAUAGCUCGCGGCGGGAUCACUACACCUCUAGACGAUCAAGCAGACCAUCAGCAAGCAUCUGUCGAUCCAAGCCACUGCCAGCAAGAUAGAACUUCGAUGCAGUACGUUGCUCUACUUCCACGGACGUCAGUCUCUCAGUCACAGCAGCGGAAUGCACCCUCUGCCAACAUGAGACAAAGAGUGCGGCGGGCUUGCCUCGAAUGUCGGACCAAGAAAGUAAAGUGUGAUGGCGCAGAAACUUGUAGCCGUUGCGCUACAUACCAAAUACAAUGCGAAUAUGUCGAGUUCAACGCCCCGGCAUUUCGGAAUACAAAUGCAACGGACACGAGCAAGAUGGAAAGACUGGAAUCACGUGUAGCGCAAAUGGAGCAAAUGUUUGGACAAUAUCUCGACCAGCUUCAACGCAUUGAGGAUAAGCUCGGGACUGCACCAGCCCGCAGAGAUACGAUUCUCGGCCUGCAAGAAAUCACAAGUCCCGAGGGCACCAGCGGCGGCCAAGGUCAGACUGCGCUGAUUGAGGAAGCUUGUCCUCCUCACGAUACAUCUGUCGCCCAGGUCUCUUCACCCAUCAGCGAUAGUCGGCAGUGUUUAGAUAGGCCGAAUGCGGACGCGGAGGCUCUCGACGCUCAGAGAACCAACGAAGAGAUUCAUGAUCCUGAGAUUUGUACUCAAGGCCCUCUCACCAAAGACAAGACCCCACCCGAACCUCAAAUCUCUCUGAUUGGGCACGAUGGAAGCGGACGCCGUUAUGCAGAUGGUUUUGGUGAGUUGGAUACGGACAGUCACGGCCAGCUGCGUUAUAUUGGUCUUGGCUCUACGGUGAGUGUUGCGGUGGAAAAUUGCAUCGGGCUUCGAAGAUACAUCACAAAAGGCUUGGAGAGAAAGGGAUACGAAGCCGAAGAGAGUUUCUUUACCAGUCUCGAGGCGACACACUUUGACGACACUGCGGGUGGACUCGCAACACAGUCAGCUGCAACAUUUGAUUUACCACCAAAAGAUCUGGUUGAUGCCUUGGUCUGUACAUACGUCAAGGAUCUUGAAUAUCUCUUUCCCAUCAUGGCCGAACACGAAAUUCGACUAAUCCAUCAGAGACUGAUGAAUGGAAAUACCUGGGAUCCCGGCCACGCCGCCGUCUUUUAUGCGCUGCUUGCUGUUUCAAUCCCGCUCAUAUCAGCCGACAACGUCAUCUUUGACACCGCUGGCAGGCACUGGUUGUCAGCAGGGCCCAUGUUCUACAAUCGUGCCAUGCAUCAUGUCAAUAUGCCUUCGAGCAAAACGGCGCAACGCAGAGGAAGAAGACUAGACAUGGUCACAGCAUUGGGUCUUUUGAGUGUGUAUCUGGCAGAGACUGGCUCCCAAGCCGAAGCCUGGAUUUCAAUAGGUCGGGCAAUUCGCAUAGCUCAGGAUAUUGGCUUACAUCGCUCAUCUGAGAAAUUGCGACUACCCAGAGAUGAAUGGGACAGGCGUAGUAAUACAUGGUGGUGCCUAUAUAUUCUGGAAAGGCAGCUGUGUACUGCCCUGGGUAGGCCGCUCUCCAUCAACGACGAGGACUGCGAUACCGACAUGCCAAGCUGUGGCGAUGGUUCGCGAAACAUGGAUGUAGCCGGUUUCACGAGCAUGAUUCAUCUAUACCGGAUUAUUGGUGACAUUCUCAAGGUUGUCAACUCGGUCAGGAAUGCAAACUCUUGGUGCAAUGCGGCUAUCAACGGGAAGAGAGAAGAACUGCGGGUGCGAGUGCGAGAUGCCAACGAUGCAUUGCAUAUCUGGGCAAAGGACAUGGUUCCUGCUCACAUCAAGACAGCCAAGUCUGGAAAGUCUCUGGCUCUCAAACAUGUGGCCCUAUCAUCCUUCUUCUCUGCAGUCAUACUACUACACCGGGCCUUUAUUCGCAACCCCCAUCGACCCAGUCCAUUGGCAGGCUCUUGGGCUCAAUUGAAAAGUGCCAAAGCUGCCACAGAUUGCAUCAGAGGUUCGACCGAGUUUUUCGAGUGCGUCUCCAAGACUCAUUUCAUGGUAUUCCACGGCCAAUAUGUCUUUGUUUCUGCGCUGGUUCUUCUCUCGUGCGCACGUUGGAGCGAUGAUCCUAGGUUUGUGUACCAAGCACUCCGCGAUGUGGAAGAUGCGAUGCAAGUGCUCCAGAAUCUCGAGGCAUCAUGGAAAGGCGCCAAGAAAUGCCAAGGCACUGUCGAAGAGUAUCUCGAGUUUACCUUUCAGGUACUCCGAGGCGAUCGCAAUUGCCAUUUCGAUGACCAUGAUUUCGGGUGUCCGUCUCAUGAUACGAGGAAAUCUGUCCCGGCAAAGCGGCGGGCAAGUGGCGGCUCAGGCAGCGGCAGUGCACAAAAGAAAUCCUGUUUCCACGGUUCAUCGCAACAACCAGAAAUGGCGCACGCACCAGCACCCUCCGGGAACUGUACAGACGAGAUUGGCUCCCAAAAUCCACCUUUGCCAGGUUCGCAACAAGCCAAUAUACCGCAGACCGUAUCUCAAGAGCCCUGCUUUUUCGAUAACACUAUCAACAAUUUUCUGGGUGCCAUGGACUCGAGUAUGGAUAUACCAAGUCAGCUUGACUUUCCGUUAGAUAUUGGUUUCAGCUCUUCUGGAAUGGCGUUUCCAUCGCCGGACCAUGGGCAGAAUUCAUUCUUCUGA